CGGAUUUCUCCUGGCAGUGUCAGCACUACCUCUCAUUUGCAACAGACCGGAGCUCCCUACUGCCAACUGCCUGGAAAGCGCAGAAAGAGCGCUGGCUCUGUUGGCGACUUGGGACCCUGGCAACAGCUGGGAGUGGAAUCGGUUGGGAGUCGUGGGGAGCCCUCUCCAGGAACCGCGAGGAGUCCUGUGCGCGCACAGCACAGCCCCUGGUGCGCUGGGGAAGAGAGCGGCUCCGAGCAACAGGUGUGGCGGGAAGCCACCCCCGGAGAGAGGGAAUCGGUCGCAGGGAUCCGGAGCAGGUAAAGCGCGGAGAGGGUUCUCUCCACCUCCUGGGCUGCACCACGGGUCCGCGCAGCGGGCCGAGGCGUCCGGGGAGGGGUUCCCUGAGCUCUCGGGACCGCCGCCUAUGCCCGGGAAGGUCCAGCACUCAGACAGACCCGUCCAAAGACAGCGCCGCUAGGCACAGCCGCCCAGGCGCGUGGCCGCCAGGUUUGCUCAGACUGGGAAACGGGCACUCUGAGCUCGGGGCUGGGUCCCAGGAGGGACCCCCUGGGCACCUCUGUCCCUGGCAGGCAGCCCUCACCAGCGCGCCCGGGCGCCCCCGCAGGUCAUGGAGUUGGUGGCCGGGAACCUCAGCGAGGGGAACGCGAGCGGCCCCCAGCCCCCUGCCCCGGACCCGCCGCCGCCGCUCUUCGGCGUUGGCGUGGACAACUUCAUCACGCUGGUGGUGUUCGGCCUGAUCUUCGCGCUGGGCGUGCUGGGCAACAGCCUGGUGAUCACAGUGAUGGCGCGCAGCAAGCCCGGCAAGCCGCGCAGCACCACCAACCUGUUCAUUCUCAACCUGAGCAUCGCCGACCUGGCCUACCUGCUCUUCUGCAUCCCCUUCCAGGCCACGGUCUACGCGCUGCCCUCUUGGGUGCUGGGCGCCUUCAUCUGCAAGUUCACCCACUACUUCUUCACUGUCUCCAUGCUGGUCAGCAUCUUCACUCUGGUCGCGAUGUCGGUGGACCGGUAUGUGGCCAUUGUGCACUCCAGGCGCUCCUCCUCCCUGAGGGUGUCCCGCAACGCGCUGCUGGGCAUGGGCCUCAUCUGGGCGCUGUCCAUCGCCAUGGCCUCGCCAGUGGCCUACUACCAGCGCCUCUUCCACCGGGAGUCUGACAAUGGCAACCUGACCUUCUGCUGGGAUCAAUGGCCCGACCAGCAUCAUAAGAAGGCUUACGUGGUGUGCACCUUCGUCUUUGGCUACCUACUGCCACUGCUGCUCAUCUGCUUCUGCUAUGCUAAGGUCCUUAAUCAUUUGCAUAAAAACUUGAAGAACAUGUCGAAGAAGUCAGAGGCAUCGAAGAAAAAGACAGCACAGACAGUCCUGGUGGUGGUCGUGGUCUUCGGGAUCUCCUGGCUGCCGCACCACGUCAUCCACCUGUGGGUUGAGUUUGGGGUCUUCCCGCUGACGCCCACCUCCUUCUUCUUCCGCGUCUUGGCGCACUGCCUGGCCUACAGCAACUCCUCCGUGAACCCCAUCAUCUACGCCUUCCUCUCCGAGAACUUUAGGAAGGCCUACAAGCAGGUGUUCAAAUGUCGGGUGCGCAGCGAGUCCUCCCUCAGCGACACCAAAGAAAACAGAAGUCGAUUUGACACCCCACCAUCCACCAACUGCACGCACGUGUGAAGAAAGAUGCGGAGAACUUCCUUGGAGAAGAUGGGACUGUGAGCCUCAUGCUUGCUGGCCGGGCAGAGAAGUGGUGUGUAUGCAUAUGUGAGUAUUUUAAAGAACAACAUAAGUUCUGUGCGUGGAAAUCUUUUUGCACUUUAUUCAAGUAUAGCGGCAGAAAUGUUGUAUCCCGGCGAUGAUACCUCACGUGUUUGUGGAGCUUGACGUUGCAAAUACCGGAUCCGCUUCCGUGCACACAGAGCUAUUGGCGGCCUCGGGACGGCGUGGACGGCAGCAGCUUCCUGUUCCCUGGCUGUCUGUCCCCUCGUUUCCUCUUCUGAUUCCCACGCACCCAUGGGAGUAUUUUAAAAAAUGCGUCUGUUUCUAAGACACAGUGAAAAUGCUUCAGCACAAGGCACUGACCCACGCCAUGCCUUCUUCAGUCCUUCCCAUUGGUGUCACGAAAGCGAAAGGCUCAGCUCCGGAGUCAUAACCGGCCUGCGAACCCCCAGUUUGCUGAGUGAUAAUGCGAGUCACUUCGUUUUAUAGUUAGGAUAUCCUUCCUGUCCGCUGCCGUUUUAGGCCAUGCAUCUCAUUCAGCGUUUAGGUUGUUUACUUCUAUAGCAAAUUUUGAUCCUGAUGAAAACUUAAGUCCUGCAAAGAUCUAAACCUAUGCUUUCCAGAGAACUUGUCACGGACUCCUCUUCCCAAGAAGCAUCCGAGGCGUGCGUGCCUUUCCUGGGCGGCUGCCUUCCUAAGGCCCAAGGCGGUGACCGUGACCGUUCAGAAGCACCUGUUUUCCUCAGAAAGGACAGAAGGCACCCAACACCCUUUUCCUUCCAGCCGCCAGGCUCAGGGAGAAACUGCGUGUGCCUCUGACGUCCGCUGCUUAAAAACCUGGCUUUUCAGUGAACUUCAGAUAAAACUGUUGGUUCCUCCUUAAAUUUGGCUGCCUCGGUGCCCAGGCAGCGGUUACUUUUCAGGGUGUUUUGCUUCCACACAGGGAGACAGGCUCUGGGAUAUUCAAGCACUUGCUGUUUCAUGACUAAGCCCCAGUUUCCGUUCCCCCCCGGUGAAUACAGGGACAAGGCCGGGAAGGCUCUCUGGUCCUGUGCUCCCAGGAGGCACCUUAAAGAGGUCCUCUCUCUCCUAUUCUAACCUUGCAUGUGCUCAGCAAUGUGGGUGGAGGCCGUUUCCGGCACAUUUUAGAUAAAUAUGUUUGCGGUUAACAAAAUUGUACUGCACAGGUUAGGAGUAAAGCACCAUUUUCCUCGUCUACUUCCCAACUCUUUGUGCUUCGGUGGCAACUUGCUUCUACCUGGACCUCCUCACUCCAAUGCUCACCACAGGAAAAUUCCUGUUCGGCCUCAGCUGGGAUGAGUUAGAGCCGAGAGGAGGGCUGACAGCUGACCUGCAUGAGUCACGCGGGCGAAGGCUUCGUGUGACUCAGCUUUACACUGUGAUCUCAGGGAUGAUUCCAUUUGCCUGGCAUCUUGGAUACUUUGAGACAAGGCAGUGAUAAUUCUGAUGGGUUAAUUGAACCCCAAGGCCAGGCUUCUUCUGAGCAGGACAAGGCAAUUUAUCUAAGCAUCCGUUUCCUUCCCUCAAGUUCUGAAACGCUGGUGUUGCGGCAGCUUACGCCCAGAAAGUAAUGUGUUGUUAGCUUCAUCACGGUCUUGCUUGAAGGGAUUUAUUAAAUGCACAUACAUAAACCACAGUCAUGUAAAUUGGGUAAAUACAUCAAUGUCUACUUCCUUUGGAAACAUCUAAAUUUUGUAAAUUUUGCUCUGUGCUGGUUGAGAAUAUCCCCCAGGCUUUACAUUUGUGAGUAGCUUAUAUUUCUCUUGGCCAUUAAAAACGUGUUGGGUGUUAGGUUAUUUGUCAAGUAGAUGUUAGUGACUUUGUUUAAUGACUUGUUUGUUUUAACAACAAGUGAUUUCUGGGGAAUGAGGUGUGGGUGGGGGUGGAAGAGGUCAUAGAGGGAAUAAAUGGUGUUGGAAAAAAUAAAAUAAAAUACAAAUAAAAAGCUACGUAGAGUAAGAGUGGGUGGCCUAGCACGCUGAUGGUUACUUGGAAAGGAAAAAUUUACAGAAUGGUGAUUUUUUUCUGAUUCUAAUUGGUACUGUAUUUUGAUAUUUUCUCCUCUAGAAGUGGAAAAAUUGAGCCCAAGGAACAAAUUGAGAUGCUUGACGCCUCCUUGGUGUGAGCUGUGUCUGCACACAGCCAGCUCGUGUAAGGAGAGCAGGUUGUGCGUCUUAGGCAUUAGGGUGUUGUUUAUGGUGACGGUGCCACAGACCCCAGGUGCUGGGUUCUUCCCUGGCAGGUUCCCCCACCCUCACUGUCUAACUGCAGCUGCCACCUGGGCCCCUGGGCGCCCCUCCUUGGUGGGAGGAGACCUUUGGGGAUACAGCAGACCCGGGCGGCUGCUCUUCUGCUAUGCUGGUGCCUCUCACUGCUGCGACCUGAACACACACACACCGUUGCUCAGCUGCUUUGGUCCUGAGGGUCUGAGGACUUGGGUUCUGUCCCGAGUGCGGCCCUGGUGACAGGGUCAUUGUGGAAGGAGGGUGCUGAGUAAGCUUCUUGCUUUGGUAGACUUUGUGGAAAUACUAACUUUAGCGGCCCGUUCUGCGUCUGUUUGAAGGCUGGCUGAGUUUGCCAUAGUCAGACAAUUGUGUGAAGCGCCAACCCUAUAAGCUAAAGGUUUUGGUGUCCCUUUAGGUUGAGUCACCUCAACCUGCUUGCUGGGAACAGGUUUCCAGGCAUGCCAAGUUAUACUGGAUCACUCUCCAAUUUCAGUAGGAGAGGGGGCUGUCUGACAUCGCUGGGCCAGAGCUUCCUGGUCUGUGAUGAGAGGGGGGAUCUAGGUGGGGCUCCAAGGCACGGAAUAACCGUAAGUCAGAGAACCAGGAUCAGAAUUAUAAACAGGUGUCCUCUCAUGGUUUGCUAUGAUAGAUACCAAAAGUUAGAUGGUGUCUCCAUUCAGAGACAGCAAAGAUGCAGGGAAGCAGAGGUGUGUGUGGGCUACGUCGAUUUUCAGUAGAAGUCUUCCCAUCUUGUUAGAAGAAAAAAAUCAGCGUGAAGCUGUUGUUCGGCACAUUUUAUGAGGGCCGCCCAGCCUUGACAUGAAAAAAAAAAAUACUGUUUAAAACGGAAACCAUGGUACUGUCCUUCUAAAGCAGUGGUUCUCAGCC